GAACUUCGAGCAAGCGAGGGAAGAACGAGACCGUCUACGUGUGAACGUGUCGGAGGCCAACACCAGGGCGGCGCUGCUGGCGCAGGAGGUCGAUGAGCAUCACGCCAAGCUGGAGAAAGCCUGCGAGAGAAAACUGGCGAACCUGGAGAAGCGGCACCAGGAGCAGUUGCGGGAGCUGCAGGAACAGCUGGAGCGUGAGCGGGAGGCCGCCACCGCGCAGCUGGCCAGGCUCAACCAACGUAGCCACGAGGAGAUGGCCACCUUGCGCAGCGAGGAGGCCAGGCUGCGGGCGCAGUGCAUCGCCCUGCAACAGGACAACGGUCGCCUCGAGUUGGAGUUGCAGGAAUUCUCCGAGCGGUACAGCGAGCUGCACAGGUUCGGCGAGAGCCAGCAGAAGGAGCUGGAAGGCGUCGCCCACCUCAAGCAGAGGGUGGCCGACUUGGAGUCCGGACAGGCGUUCCUGAACGACGAGCACUGCCAGAAGAUAUUUCACGAACUGGAGUCGACGCAGAAACAGAACAAGGAGCUGAAGGACUGCAACGACGAGCUGAGCCUGGAGCUGGAGACCCUUCGUCAGCAGCUGGCCGCCUCGUCCCGCUCGGCGCACAGCAAGAGGCAUCGGAGGUCGGGCUCCUGGGUGGCCGACUACUCGAGGCCGGGCGCCGCCGGGGGAGGGCUGAAGCGCAGGGGCAGCGAGGCCUCGUCCUCCGAGGAAUCGGACGAUGACAACCCAGUGGCCGAGAAGAUCCGCCGGCGUACCGGAUUCCCAGUGAGCGGUGCUCCCGAGGACGCGCACAGGCUGCCCUGGGACGUGGACGACCUGACAGAAGCGCAGCGCGAGGUUCUGGACCAACUCCGCGGUCGCUUCGAGCAGGCCCUGCGCGAGUCCGACGACCGGUGGCGCGCUCGCGUGCACGAGCUCGAGUCGCAGCUGAGCAGUCAACCGGAGGUGGACAAGGACUCCAUCGACGGCGCCCAGUCGACCAUCGCCAAGCUGCAGGACGAACUGAGCAUGCGCAACGUGCUGGCCGAGAGGCUCCGGGCGGACGUGACGUCACUGCAAAACCAGAUGGUCCAGCAGCGGGAGCAGUCUCAAGCCCAGCUGGCCCUGAGGGAGCAGGAACUGGGCUUGCUCGGCGAGCAGAGGCGCGCGCUCGAAGACCAGCUGUCCCGCCUCAAGGAGCGGGAGGCCGAGAAGAGGCCUAGCGAGGAGUCAGCGCAUGAUGGUGCUGUUCGCGGUCUGGAGAUGGAUCGCAGAAGCAUCUGUCUUGAGCUUGAGGCCACCAGAAAAGAAGUGGAGCGGCUCAGGGGCCUGCUGGGUGACGCGUCUCCCGGAGACUCUCUGGUGAAGAAGGAGCAGCGGAGUCUGCAGGCCAUGUACGAAACCAAGUUGGCCGAAGUCCGUAACCAGGUGGAACAGGACCUUGUCCGCAAGGUACGUACCGACGUGGAGCGGGAGCUGCAGACGAGCCUCGAACGGAACCUGAAGCUGCAGCCCAGCUGGAGAGACCGCGACGACCUAGCUCGCAAGCCCCAGCAGGACCUGACGGCGCAGCUCACCGAGGACAUCUGCGUCCUGCUCAGGGGCUGUCUGCGGUGCAGCGGCGCUUCUCUUAUCACCAAGGACGCCGGAGACGGCGACGGGGCAGUGGUCGUGGGCAACCAGGGUACGGCGUCAGCGCCUCUGAUGCCGGGGCACGCGUCGUCCCUCCAGGACAAGCUUGCAGAGCUGAUCGGCAAGACACUCGCCGCCAUUGAGAGCCACCUGGAGACGCUGCACCUUCACGAGCAGGAACGGCUCCGCAAGACCUGGGAAGACCAGCUUCGCAGAAUGAAGCAGGACCACAUGAUGGAGCGACUCGAGUCCGAGCUUCAGCACAAGGACGAAGUGGCCAAGCUCAAGCAGCGCCAGACGUCCUCGGGUCCCCUGGCGGCCGAGCCGACUGGCGUCGUCCCCAGUAAGACGGACUCGCUGCUGCGGGACCUGUACGUGGAGAACGCCCGGCUGCUGCGCUCUCUCCAGUGGGCCGAAGACGGACGCCGCCGAGCGGAGCACAACAGCGCCAGGCUCCAGUACAAGUGCCGCGUGCUCAGCAAGCUGCUGACCGACGUCACGCGAGCCGCCGUCGACGGCAACUCCAGAGUUGCCUGCGCCUGAAGUGCGCGCGACAUCGCCGUCCGCUUUUCCUGGCUGUACCCACGUGUGUCGUGGCCAAUGACAUUUUGAGUCUCGUGACAUUUCACGAGGGUAUCAUCACGUGCACGAGGGACCGCGUUGGUUUAGCGAAAACCCGCGUGGUUACUAAUUUAUGCCAUUGUCUUUUCGCGCUAACUGGAUGAUAAAGAGCAGUCCGUUGAUGUGGAGAAUAUCGUGAUGGGUGGGGCCGCCGUUGCAGUUUCUGCGUUUAUACAUCAAAUCAUCCCGUUUGUUUGUCCUCCCGCCUUCUUCUCGACCUCUGAAGCCGUGCGUUUCACCAGGCUUCUAGCGACGGAUCCAACGCCACCGAAACGACAAGCAAAUACUUUACUAGGGAUAGUACAUUCCACUCCGCUCCUUUUCAUUAGUCUUGCAUCCGAGUAGGCACGCACAUCGCGCUGCCGUCGGUGUCGCGCAAUCGUGCGGCGCCGAGGGAGAAGGUUGCCGCCGGCACACCGAAACACCGGGUUCGCCGAGGCAGGCGAGACGGCCGUCUCGACUGGCACUCGGGAAGACGACAGACGCCAAUAGCCGACCCCGCGCCUGCGUACAGAAAAGUGACGCGAACCUUUUUUCCACAGGCCGGUUCAUCCUCUCCAUGGGGCGAUACCCUUUUCUCCCUCUUUCCGCUGCUGACAAACGACGCCAUUUUGGAGCGUGACACCAUCUAACGGGGCAAACGCUGGGCACAGAUUGGACAGGAGCGUCAGCGUUCGGCGGAGGCUUGUCUUCAACCAGUGAAAACAACUAAACGCUGACGUCGCAGUCGUAUUUUUCCCCUCCCGGCGCGCUCAAAAACGCUGUCGUCUGUUGGGGUGGGAAAGAGGCAUAUUAGUGGUUGAGGUUGUUUGAAAGAAGGGAAGCUGAGUACAAGGGUUCAUGUAACUUCAGUAUGGAAGGGCAUUCACCCCUUGCAAUUAAAAGGGGGAAAAAAAACCGAGGCUGCGGAACAUCCAGCCGUUCGAUGUUCGAACUACGCAAAACCUGUCCGUGCCAAGGUAAUUUGCAUUGUCCCGGAGUGAGGCGUAUUCCUCUCGUAGAGUAUCUGCGACGACAGUGGCGGCAACCACGCUUUAUUCCAUCCGCCUUUGCCGUUGACUUCGAGAACCAGCCAAUAUCACGAGCAUCUCUACUUCCCCCGAUCGAGUGACCUUCAUGCUCCAUUUCAUCGCAAGAGCGCAUUCAUAUGCUAGAACCCACACGAAAUACUGGGGCUCGCAACGUCGACUGCGAGCCCGAGUCACGGCUCGACGCAGGCAUAUACAGCCAUGUGAACAUGUGAGGACGCCGUGUCAUAGAUACGCUCAAAAUGCUCGACUCUGAGCACGCGAGUGUCAAAAUUGUUUGAAACGAGAGGACGACAAAAUCUAGCUCGAACCGACAACACUUCAAGUGCCAACGCACGUGCACGCAAACCAAACUCGAAGGAACUGCGGUUUCUGUGAAUGCGUGUGCUCACCUUGGGAGUCCUUUCGGUAGACAUAUCGGACUAGAUUUUGCGGUCAUUUCAUUUCGAGCAAUGCGGCCGACAAGAACCCGGUGGCAGGCCGUACUCCCGGGGCGCCUAAUUACGUGAUACCUUUAAAGCCCUGGAUUGGCUGGAGCUUUAAAGGUAUCUGUCCUUCGUAAGGUGAAGGGGAAGAGAGUUCGUAACUUCCGCAUUAGACCUUUUUUUUUUUUUUUU